GGGCAUCCGCGGCGCGCGUCGUCGAGCGGAUGCAGCAGACCUGCGCGGCCGGGAAGGUGCUGUGCAGGUCUCUCAUGUCCGUCCUGUCGUCCGCCAACCACGAGGUGCGGUCGGGGUUCGAGCUCCGGGUGGCCGCGCUGCUGGCCGACAUUGCGGCUGCCAGCGCCGCGCGCCGCGCGGCAAUCGUGUCAGCUGGCGGCGGCGCCGUUAUCGACUGGCUGCUCGAGAGCGUCGUGCGGAGGACCACGCAGGCGGAGGCCGCGCGGGCGCUCGCACACCUGCUGGCCGAUCCUUGGGUUGCGCCUGCUGUGCUUGGUCGACCACGGGCGGUUCCCUGCCUCCUCCAAUUCAUCUUCUCUUACCAGCCCAAACGCAGCAAGAAGAACUCGGGAUACUCUUCAUUCAAUAUCUCAGACCAUUCUAAAGGAAGGAGCAUGCUUGUUGCUGCACUUAUGGACAUCAUCACUUCCAACUGUGAUAAUGCAGAUUAUUCAUCAUUUCAGCCUUUAUUGCCUUCAGAUGCUGAUACAAGAGACAUUGCGGCAGCCAUCGAAGUCAUUGAGCAAGGGGGGAUGCAUUUUGAUGACCAUGAUGAUAAUGAAAGUGAUGAUGGUGACAGUGGAUUAAAGGGAAUAGGGAUUAAGGUACUUGGUGGGACUACUGUCUUAGGAUUCUCUAGAGAAAUAAACUCAUUGGAGGUGCGCAACUCAGAUGAUGAUAUUGUGGGAGCUUUGAACAGUAGAAUAUCAUUGCAAGAGACUUCUACUGACUCUCCACUAGUGGAGAAGUUAAAUUCUGCUGCUGUUCCAGGCCUCUGGGAUGAUUUGCAGAGGGAGCAUGUAGCUGUACCUUUUGCUACGUGGGCUCUUGCUAAUUGGGCUAUAGCAUCUGAUUUAAACCGUUCUCGUAUUCAAGAACUUGACAGCGAUGGACAUGCUGUCACAACUGCACUGAAAGCACCUGAAAGAACUGUCAAGUGGCAUGGGGCCAUGGUAGCUCGAGCUCUUUUGGAAGACCAGAACUUGACUCUGGCUCCUUCUGUCCCUGGCUGGUGCUCAAGUCUUCUUUUGACAGCUUCUCAGGCUGCCGAGAAUGGUGACAUGUCAUUGGCCCAAAUGUCACUAUCAACUUUCCUAUUAUCCAUGAUAAGGUGCAAUGAGUCGAAAUUUGUGAUCAGACAGAAGGGUCUUCAUCUUCUUCGGAGUAUUGCUAAAAAGAUAGAAAAUGAGAAUGCUCAGAGCAGGAUGAAGGAAUCAUUGGCAGUCACACUGAGUUUGCUCUAUGCUGGUGAAGUUCCUUUGUCACUUGAAGAAACUCAAAGAUGGUCUGGCAUUCUUCUUCGCUGGCUCUUUGAUAAAUCUGUUUCUGAAACUACAAAUCUCACCGCUGUUAAAAUCCUUUCAUGCAUUCUUGAAGACUAUGGACCAGCUUCCGUGCCAAUUUCUCAGGGAUGGUUGGCUCUCGUGCUUUCUGAGAUUCUUGGAGAUAACAAGACACAGAAUUUGAAAGGAAAUGCCCAGCCUCAACCAGAGAGAGUGAAGAAUCAAGUCGAUCACCAUAAUGCUUCCUCUGCAACUCAGAUCUUGAAUCAAUUAGCUAAUGCUGUUGUGAAAUUGGCAACUGUUCAAUCAGACUACGAUCCUGCUUCUGGUGACAAAGUACCCCUUUCCGAUUUUCUCUCUCUUGAACCAUUUGCUACAGCUCUGAAGAACUUGAAUAAAAAGAACCCACCCAAAUUUGACGCUGCUGACUCAGCAUCCGCUACACUGAAGGGAAUAAAAGCUCUAGCAGAACUUUGUUCUGAGGAUGCCGCAUGCCAAAAGAGAAUUGCUGAUUUAGGAGUUCUUUCUCUGUUGAGACGCAUCCUCCUGGGUGAUGAUUAUGAGAAACUUGCUGCGAUUGAAGCAUAUGAUGCAUCACGAAUUCGAGAAGUGCAGGACAAGAAUGUGCCUGCUUCUAAUGACUCCUCUAGUGAUGCUACUACUGAUCCCUCCAGUGUACGAGUUCCUCCAGCAGCUCAUAUUCGAAGGCAUGCUGGCCGGCUGGUUACGAUUCUCUCUCUUCUACCAAACUCAGAGAAGGCAAUUAUUUCUGAUGAUGUAUGGUGCAAGUGGCUUGAGGAAUGUGCAAGUGGACGAGUACCUUGCAAUGAUAUAAAAUUAAAAAGUUACUGCAGGUUAACUUUGUUAAAUGUGUUCUGCUCUGAGAAUCCAAAUACAGGAAGCGCUUCUGAUGAAUACCCUGAUUCAGAAAGUGAGUAUAAAAGAAAAUGUCCUCAGUUUGGAGAUGCGUUGUUCUUAUUAAAUCCAGAGUUGCCUCUUGAGGUUCAUUUGGACAACAAUGGUCAUAAAAUUUCAAGAGAGAGAUGUAAGGAUGACUGCUGCAUUGAAGGUGGUGACUCUGAAACUGGAGAUACUCCAGGCAAUGCAUCCAAGCAUGCACCCCCUUUAAUGGAUGUCGUGUUCGUCCAUGGUCUUCGUGGUGGUCCAUUCAACUCAUGGCGAAUAGCUGAAGACAAGUCAUCAACCACCAAGGCAGGUCUAGUGGAAAGUAUAGAUGAAGAUGCUGGCAAAGAGGGCACAUGUUGGCCAAGAGAAUGGCUCGCUGCAGAUUUUCCUCGAGCUCGUUUUUUGACAGUCAAAUACAAGACCAAUCUGACACAAUGGACCGGAGCCAGUUUGCCACUUCAGGAGGUGAGCUCUAUGCUCCUAAGGAAGUUGAUUGCUGCUGGCAUUGGCAACCGUCCUGUUGUUUUUGUGACUCAUAGUAUGGGAGGACUGGUGGUUAAGCAGAUGUUGUAUCAAGCGAAGCUGAACAAUUAUGACAAGUUCCUGAACAAUACAAAUGGGCUAGUUUUCUAUAGCUGUCCACAUUUUGGCAGUAAACUUGCAGACAUGCCAUGGCGUAUGGGUUUGGUGUUUCGUCCAGCUCCAUCGAUUGGCGAGUUAAGAAGUGGAUCCCCAAGACUUGUUGAGUUAAAUGAUUUUGUGCGGCAACGCCAUAGUAAAGGAUUGCUCAAUGUUCUUAGUUUUAGUGAGACCCAAGUCACACCGAUCGUUGAAGGUUAUGGUGGCUGGGCACUUCGGAUGGAGAUAGUACCAAUUGAAUCUGCAUACCCAGGAUAUGGGGAACUCGUUGUCCUUCCGUCCACUGAUCAUAUAAAUUCGUGUAAACCAGUCAAUAAGAAUGAUCCAUCGUACGCAGACACCUUGGCAUUUUUGGAGAAAAUCUUGAAAUCGCGUUUCAAAACGGAAGAAUCCUAAUGACACUUCCGGUGAGAGCUCUGGGUAGGAUUUCCUCCGGUGGAACGAUGGAGUACUUUGUCUCGUUCUUGUCUGUUUAUUCCAAGAGGCGGCUUGGGUAGGCUGUGUUUUAUGAAGCCUGUGCCCAAUCCCACAGUUUACGCAUUGUACAAAUGUACACAAUGCACAAAAUAGAGGAUAGCUAGCUGUAAAUAACUCCCAAAUGUUGAAUAUGUAAUUCUUUAUGACAGGGAAAUAUGUCGCAUUGUUUUGCACUUUCCUCUUGAAAUUCAAAGUCUCGUACUCCCAUACGUCGUUUAUCCCGUUGAAUAUGAA